AUGCCAGGAGAAGAAAGAAAUAAUACAGACAUGCCAGGAGAAGAAAGAAAUAAUACAGACAUGCCAGGAGAAGAAAGAAAUAAUACAGACAUGCCAGGAGAAGAAAGAAAUAAUACAGACAUGCCAGGAGAAGAAAGAAAUAAUACAGACAUGCCAGGAGAAGAAAGAAACAAUACAGACAUGCCAGGAGAAGAAAGAAAUAAUACAGACAUGCCAGGAGAAGAAAGAAAUAAUACAGACAUGCCAGGAGAAGAAAGAAACAAUACAGACAUGCCAGGAGAAGAAAGAAAUAAUACAGACAUGCCAGGAGAAGAAAGAAACAAUACAGACAUGCCAGGAGAAGAAAGAAAUAAUACAGACAUGCCAGGAGAAGAAAGAAAUAAUACAGACAUGCCAGGAGAAGAAAGAAACAAUACAGACAUGCCAGGAGAAGAAAGAAAUAAUACAGACAUGCCAUGA